UAAUUUCUCGGGACUUUUGAUAUAAAUCCCUCCCAAAAAGGAUACGAAUUAUGUAUUUAAAUAAAUUUUUUCUGUUUUAAUCUUCACUUAUUAUUUGUCAAAGAGAUUGGCAUAAAAUGGCAAAAAUGGGAGUUUUGCUGCUUUCAGCACUUGUGCUGAUAUUUGUGUCCGACAUUCACACAAAACCGACGGUCGCCAAAAGAGAUCGCAACGACUACGAGAAAAACCCGCACCCGAUUGUGUGUUACUUUGGCAGUUGGGCACACUACCACAAGAAUGAGACAUUUGAAAUUGAAGACAUCGAUUACAAUUUAUGCACUCAUAUUAACUAUGGUUUCGCUAAAAUCGAUGAAUACAACUACACAAUACAAAUGUUUGAUCCCUGGCUGGAAGACCAUUUGGAGGAGUACAAGAGAUUCACAGACCUGAGGAAGAAGAACCCACACUUAACGACAAUGAUAUCAUUGGGCGGUUGGUAUGAGGGGUCAGAGAAGUACUCAGAUAUGGUUACCAACGUUCAAAUGAGACAGAGAUUUGUGAAGAGUGCGGUUGAUUUCCUGGUGAAAUACGACUUCGAUGGCCUGGACUUGGAUUGGGAACAUCCGGCCGCCAGAGGCGGCGCGAGUAGUGAUAAAAAGAAUUAUAUUAAACUAUUAGAGGAAUUGAAGGUAGCGUUUGAAGCGCAGGGAUAUCUCUUGACGGCUGCCUUAUCUCCCGGAAAGGGAACAAUUGACCAUGCUUUUAUUGUGCCAAAACUGAAUGAACUGCUGGAUUGGGCAAAUGUGAUGACGUACGACUACCAUGGUGGGUUUGACAACUAUUUGGGACACAACGCACCCAUAUUUCACAGACCGGAAGAGAAUGAAGAGUUAGAGAGAAGUCACCCGGGAAUGGAUUACACGCACUUCACAGUCGACUUUACUGUCAAUUACUUCCUAAGUCUGGGUCUGUCUAAGGAUAAGAUGAUAAUGGGAGUGCCCUUCUAUGGCAGGGGUUGGACUCUUAUGGACGCAGAACACAAUCAUCUUCACGACGAGGCAAAGGGUAUGUCACCCGCGGGUUGGAUAGGGGGUGAACCCGGAGUGUUGGGUUACGACGAGGUU